AAAGGCCAGUCACAUUAUGCUGUGGUUACAUUUAUGUUGUUGCUCCUCUGAAGAAUUGAACCACUUGGUGAAGAGAAUGGCAAGAAGAAAUGUCCUCAUUACAGGUUGCUCCUCAGGAAUUGGACUGGCAUUAGCUGUAAAAAUGGCGAAAGAUGAACAGAAAAGAUUUAAAGUGUUUGCCACAAUGCGGAACCUGGCCAAGAAAGAGCCACUGGAGGAAGCUGCAGGUCACAGGCUGGGCAAAACCCUCGAGAUUAAACAACUGGAUGUGUGUGAUGAACAGUCUAUUAAAACUUGUGUCAAUAGUAUCCCUGACAGAAGGAUUGAUGUCCUGGUGAGCAAUGCUGGAAUGGGGCUCAUUGGACCUAUUGAAUGUCAGACCAUUGAGGAAAUGAAAACUGUGAUGGACACCAACUUCUUCGGCCUGGUUCGACUCCUGAAGGAGAUCUUGCCUGACAUGAAGAGGAGAAAGAGUGGGCAUAUAGUUAUAAUAAGCAGUGUUAUGGGAAUACAAGGCAUCUUAUUUAAUGAUGUUUAUGCUGCAUCUAAGUUUGCUGUGGAAGGAUUCUGCGAAAGUUUAGCUAUACAAGCACUCAAGUUCAAACUGCAGUUAAGUUUGAUUGAACCAGGCCCAGUGGUUACAGAGUUUGAAAGAAAAGUGUUUGAAGAUGGAAUGAAAAUGGAUCUUUCAGCUGCAGAUGAAGAAACAGCUGAGAUGUUUACUAACAUUUACCUUAAAAAUUACAAACAAAUUUUCCAGAGCCUGGGACAAAGCGCUGAAGAUGUUGCAGAGCAUACAGUGAAGAUAAUUCUUGCAGAAAAUCCACCUUUUCGCCAUCAGACCAACACCUUGUAUACUCCAAUGACAACUCUGAAGUAUGCAGAUCCAAAUGGAGAUCUACCCAUUGACAUAUUCUACAAAAUGGUUUUUCAGCAUGAUAAAAUCUUCAGUGCAAGUCUCAAUUUCAUCAAAUUGCUACGGUGGAGAAGCAGAAAGAGCUUUGACCUGGGAAAACCUUCACAAUAAGUAUGAGAUAAUAUAGUGCAAAUUGGAAUUACUUCUUGUAGCUACUGAUGACACAGUAUGUUGUUAUUCAAAUGCCUUUGCUCUGUAAUUAAGAAAAGGUAUGCAAGAUAUUUGUUUGAGCUUAGCUAAGAUAUUCAUUUCAAUGUGUAUCUCUUGAAUGUUACUGUUUGCAGAACCUUGCAAUUAAAAUCCUCUAACUAUAGUUUUAUUCUGUUUAAUGUUUGCUUUUUCCAGAGAUGUUUUCUUAGGACCAUGAACACUGCCUGGUAUUUGUAUAUUCAAUAUUAACCUGACCUCCUUCGCUUACUUGAAUAUAAUACACACUGAGAAGUGUACAAUAUGCAAACGAUUUAGAUUCUUAAUAUCAUAAAAAUAUGUUUUUACUUAUUAGGAUAGAAUCAGUAUAGUAAUUGCUCAAUCACACUGGCAUUCUCAUUUCCAGAAGUCAGAUCUAUUUAUCAGCAACAUAAAAGAAAGUCUCAUCAAUCUUAAAAUGUGACUAGUAGAAUAUUUAUUAUUAAUAUAUAUUUAUUAUAAUAUUCUGAAUGCUUCCUUUAUAUGCAGUGGUUACUAGCAUAUUGCACUUACUGACCAAUAAAAUGGGUUUUUAAAGCAUCUUAAAUAAAAUAUCUUCGUACUGUCUGGGUACUACUUUUUGAAAACAAAGUAUUGUCAGUAAUCAGUAAUCUCAAUCCACUAAAUGCCUUCAGUACCUUCGGUGUCUGAUACAGAACUCUCUUGUUCCAAGCUAUCUUAAUAAGUAUGUGUUAAACCAAAAUUCUGUCAUGUAGAGCAGGUCUUUUCCCUUGCUUUUUCUCAGCCUAGUCCUCCAGGUGGUUUGAGGCCAAGCGGGGAGCCUGGCUGCAGUGCUGUGCUGUUCCCUGAGCUGGGCCUGCCAUUCCUGCUCCCUGGCCUCCGGCCCCGCCGCUGCUGCCCGCGCUGAGGCAAAGGCCGAGUGGCGCUCGGGCCUCCGGCCUGCAGCUUCCCAGCACAUUCCAGCAGCUGGCCUUGCCUCACCCACAGAGCCCAGCUGGAGCUCUCUCGCCAU